AUGUCGGAGGCCAUGGACCAGCCCGCUGGGAGCCCUGGAAAGCCGAGGCCGGGAGAGGGUGGUGACAGUGGCAUGGAACCGGGCACCUGCCAGGAGCUCCUGCACCGACUUCGGGAGCUAGAGGCAGAGAACUCGGCGCUUGCUCAGGCCAAUGAAAACCAGCGGGAGACCUAUGAACGCUGUCUAGAUGAGGUUGCCAACCAUGUGGUGCAGGCACUGCUAAACCAGAAGGACCUGCGGGAGGAGUGCAUCAAGCUGAAGAAGAGGGUGUUUGAGCUGGAACGGCAGAACCAGAUGCUGAGCGCCCUGUUUCAGCAGAAACUCCAGCUGACGACAGGCUCCCUCCCUCAGAUCCCACUCGCGCCGCUCCAGCCGCCUUCAGAGCUACCGGCCUCUCCCUCCCUGAGCUCUGCCGAGGGACCGACCACCCUGCUGCCGCUGGGGCACUGUGCUGGGCAGAGAGAGGUGUGUUGGGAGCAGCAGCUGCGGCCAGGAGGCCCAGGACCCCCGGGACCCCCGGCCGCCCCACCCCCGGCACUGGAUGCCCUGUCCCCGUUCCUUCGAAAGAAAGCGCAGAUCCUGGAGGUGCUGAGAGCCCUGGAAGAAACUGACCCCUUGCUUCUUUGCUCGCCUGCCACCCCAUGGCGGCCCCCAGGCGAGGGUCCCGGCUCCCCAGAGCCGAUCAACGGCGAGCUGUGUGGCCCGCCCCAGCCUGAACCCUCCUCCUGGGCCCCCUACCUGCUCCUAGGCCCUGGUAGCCUGGGAGGCCUGCUACACUGGGAGCGCCUCUUGGGGGGCCCAGGGGAGGAAGAGGGUGCUGGGCGGCCCUGGGGCCCUGGUAGGGGCUCCUCCCAGGCCCAAGGCACUGGCUCUGGGCCACCCUGUGCCCCAGGCAGCAGCAGCUCCUCCUCCUCGGAUGAGGCAGGUGACCCCAACGAGGCACCCAGCCCUGACACCCUGCUUGGGGCCCUGGCCCGCAAACAGUUGAACCUGGGCCAGCUCCUUGAGGACACAGAGUCUUACCUACAGGCCUUCUUGGCCGGGGCUGCAGGCCCACUCAACGGGGACCAGCCAGGUCCCGCGCAGCCAUCUUCCCCAGACCAGGGCCCCCCACAGCUAUCCAAGUCCAAAGGCCUCCCCAAGUCAGCUUGGGGUGGGGGUACCCCAGAGGCCCACAGGCCGGGCUUUGGUGCUACCUCAGAGGGCCAGGGGCCCCUCCCCUUCCUCAGCAUGUUCAUGGGUGCGGGUGAUGCCCCCCUGGGCUUGCGGCCUGGCCACCCCUACUCCUCAUCUCAGGUGAAAAGCAAGCUCCAAAUUGGCCCCCCUUCUCCUGGGGAAGUCCAGGGACCCCUUCUGCCCUCUCCAGCUAGAGGUCUCAAGUUUCUAAAGCUGCCUCCAGCUUCGGAGAAGGUCCCCAGCCCAGGAGGCCCCCAGCUCAGCCCCCAGCUUCCCCGGAACUCCCGAAUCCCCUGUCGCCACAGUGGUUCUGAUGGCAGCCCCUCCCCGCUGCUGGCCCGCAGGGGUCUGAGUGGAGGAGAGCUGUCCCCGGAGGGAGCACAGGGCCUGCCCACCAGCCCUUCCCCCUGCUCUGCAGCUCUGGACUCUGCACAGCUCAGACCUCCCCAGCCAGCGUUGUCCACCACGCUGUCCCCGGGACCCGUGGUCUCUCCCUGCUAUGAGAACAUCCUGGACCUUUCCCGGAGCACCUUUAGGGGGCCUUCCCCAGAGCCACCUCCAUCCCCACUGCAGGUACCCACCUACCCACAAUUAACUCUGGAGGUGCCACGGGCCCCUGAGGUCCUCAGAAGUCCUGGAGCUCCCUCCAGCCCUUGCCUCCCAGAAUCCUGCUCCUAUGGGAAUGCCCAGGAGAAGAGUUUGGACAAAGCCGGUUCGGAGUCUCCCCAUCCUGGCCGCCGGACCCCUAGCAGCUCAUCUAAGAAGCCCAGCCAGGGGGCAGGGCGGCGACCUGGGGAUCCUGGCUACACCCCUCUGCGGGACAGACUGGCAGCCCUGGGGAAACUGAAGACUGGCCCCGAAGGGCCAGAGAAAAACGGGGUGCCAGCCAGGCCUGGCACCGAGAAGGUGCGGGGAGCAGGGAGGUCAGCGGAGAGCCCUGGAGACGUGGCGCCUCCCACCCCCCGGCCUCCUGAGGGGCCAGAAGCCAAGGGGGCCCUGCGGGGGGCAGUGGCCUUAGGCACGAGCAGCCUGAAGCAGCAAGACCCUGGGCUCCUGGGGGACCCCGGGGCCCGAGUCUACUCCUCCCACUCCAUGGGGGCCCGGGUGGACCUGGAGCCCGUCUCACCAAGGAGCUGCCUCACCAAAGUGGAGCUGGCCAAGAGCCGGCUGGCAGGGGCCCUGUGCCCCCAGGUACCCCGCACCCCUGCCAAAGUGCCCACCUCAGCCCCCAGCCUUGGCAAGCCCAAUAAGAGCCCCCAUGGCAGCCCGACGAAGCUACCUUCCAAGUCCCCCACCAAGGUGGUACCCCGCCCGGGGGCCCCACCGACCACCAAGGAGCCCCCUAAGCCUGACAAGGGGAAGGGCCCACCGUGGGCCGACUGCGGCGGCGCUCCGGCCCAGCCUCCGUCCCCUGCCCCUGGCCCUGCAGACCCAAGCCAAGGCCCCGACGGCCGGGCCCCGCACUCGGCCAUCGAGGAGAAGGUGAUGAAGGGCAUCGAGGAGAACGUGCUGCGGCUCCAGGGCCAGGAGCGGGCACCGGGCGCCGAGGCCAAGCACCGCAACGCCAGCAGCAUCGCCAGCUGGUUCGGCCUGAAGAAGAGCAAGCUGCCGGCGCUGAACCGGCGCGCAGAGGCCGCCAAGAGCAAGGAAGCGGCCGGCGGGGGCUCCCCGCUCCGGAAGGAGGUCAAGAUGGAAGCCCGGAAGCUGGAGGCCGAGAGCCUCAACAUCUCCAAGCUGAUGGCUAAGGCGGAAGACCUCCGCCGGGCACUGGAGGAGGAGAAGGCCUACCUGAGCAGCCGAGCCCGGCCGCGGCCCGGAGGACCGGCUCCAGGACCGAGUACGGGGCUGGGGCAGGUGCAGGGCCAGCUGGCUGGCAUGUACCAGGGCGCGGACACCUUCAUGCAGCAGCUGCUCAACAGGGUGGAUGGCAAGGAGCUGCCGCCCAAGAACUGGCGGGAGCCCAAACCCGAGUAUGGCGAUUUCCAGCCAGUGUCCUCUGACCCCAAGAACCCCUGGCCAGCCUGUGGGCCUCGAAAUGGCCUGGUGGGGCCUCUUCAGAGCUGUGGAAAACCUCCUGGAAAGCCGAACAGCGAGCCGGGAAGGCGGGAAGAGAUGCCCUCAGAGGACAGCCUGGCUGAGCCAGUGCCCACCUCACACUUCACAGCCUGUGGCUCCUUGACUCGAACCCUGGACAGUGGCAUUGGGACCUUUCCACCCCCAGACCAUGGCAGCAAUGGGACCCCCAGCAAGAAUCUUCCCAAGACAAAGCCACCACGGCUGGACCCCCCACCCGGAGUGCCCCCGGCUCGGCCCCCACCCCUUACCAAAGUCCCCCGCCGUGCCCACACGCUGGAGCGUGAGGUGCCAGGCAUAGAGGAGCUGCUGGUGAGCGGGCGGCACCCUAGCAUGUCAGCCUUCCCCGCGCUGCUCACCGCCGCUCCGGGCCACCGGGGCCAUCAGACCUGUCCUGACGAUCCCUGUGAAGACCCAGGCCCUCCCCCUCCUGUCCAGCUGGCUAAGAACUGGACCUUCCCCAACGCGAGGGCAGCCAACAGCUCCGCUGACCCUUUUCUAUGCCCAUCCCGACAAUUGGAGGGGCUGCCCAGGACCCCCAUGGCCCUGCCCAUGGACCAGAAGCGGAGCCUGGAGCCCAGCCGCCCAGCCCCUACACCCCAGGGCCCGGCAUUUGGAGGUAGCCGCACGCCCAGCACAUCGGACGUGGGCGAGGAAGGAAGAGUGGCCAGUGGCGGCCCCCCAGGUCUGGAGACCUCAGAGUCUCUCAGUGACUCCCUCUACGAUUCACUCUCCUCCUGUGGGAGUCAAGGCUGAGGGGCUGCGCCACACUAGGGCCCCUCUCUGGCGUUGGAGACCACUGACUGGACCAGCUGUCCUCGUGCCCCAUCCCUCGGGGCCCAUGGGGCCCCUCCCUGCAGCGACCAAGGAGGCAGAUGGAUCAGAAGGUGAAGGGGGUCCCUGACACACCCCAUUACCCACCGCUGCUGUGGAGGGGAUGCCCACUGUCAGCUCAGGGAGAGACCCCACCCUUGGUCCCUUCUCUCACCUGGAGUAAGGCUCGUCCUCUGAGGGCCUGGGGGUUCAAGGUCGCUGUGUCCCGGCCCCCAGCGCCCCCUUGAGGCUGAGCCACCUUGUGGUGCUGGGCUUCCCGCCCACCAGCUGUGCCAUCUCCAACCUGGCUGCUCCCUGCCCUGGAGCCCCGAGGGGCCAGCCCAGAGUCCCCGGGCCGGUGGAGUUUGGGGGGCGAAGGGUCAAGUUGCCUUCUCUCUCUGUCUGCCCUGGUCCUCCCUGCUGUCUGGAUGGUGCUGCCCUCCCCUGCCCCAUGUCUUUGGGGUCCGUUUGUCUGUCUUUUUGUGGUUUUUUUAUAUUGAAGCGCCUGGCCCAGCCCCCGCCCCCAUCCCCGCA